CGGCCGGGGCCGCCGGGGCGAUUCCCACCGGAAUGCGGCCCCGCGGAGGGCUCGGGGGACUUUGUUUGUCCCUUACGCCCGCGCCCUGCUCUGCGGUAACGCAGGACAGGCGCGUCCGGACAGGCUUUCCCGGAAAGGGUCAGUGAGGUGCCCCCGUAUGCUGCUUCCCGGAUGUCGCCGCCGUGCGACAACGGGGAAGAGCCCGCAAAAGCCGGAGGUACGCGCGAUGCCCUGGGAGCCCUGGCUGAGCCGUGCCAGCGAGUGAGACACUCGCGCUGCGCUGCCCAGGCAGCUGAGCAUUCCACAUUGCUGCCAGGAGCUGCUCCCGGGAGGCUGCAUCCCAACCCAAGGUACCCGGCACGAAGUUCAGAGGCACGCCGCUGCCUCCCUCGUACUCCACAGGUGCUGUUAGUGGAAAACGACCCCGCGGAGCUCGGAAAGGCCCGGGCGCUCCUUGGUUCGCAGCUCCCUCAUGGGAGCCAUCUGCCCCGCGCCUGGCGCAGGAAGCGCGCCUCCCGCACUCCUCCUCCCUUCCGCUCUGCCCCGCAAGCGGCUCUGCCCCGAGAGGAGCCCAGCGCUCGGAGUGUUUUAAAUAAAAACCAAGUGGUAUCGCCCCUCCGGGCUAGAGCGAGGAGGAAGGCUCUCAGUCGGGGGGCUCGAUCCUCUCCUCCUCCUGUGCCCAUCGCAUCUCCCCGCGGACCAGCUGGCCCUGCCUGUCUUGGUCCCCUCCCUCACGCCUGUCCGGGACCCGGGUUUGGGGCUGGGGGAGGCGGUCCCCACCCCUCCGCGGGGCAGGGGCCGGGGUCGGGGCGAGUGCUGCCGGCGGGAGCGGCGGCUCGGCAGCCCGGGGCUGCAGCCCGGGCCGGGCUGCGCUGCGCUGGGGGAGCAGGUUUCUUUGUUGGCUGCCGGGUGACUGGUUCCCAUUAA